AUGGAGUCUGCAAAGAAUCAUCAUCACCAUCAUCAGCUCCAAGAUCAAGUUGUUGGCUCCUCUUCUUCUUCUUCUUCUUUAGCUACCCCUUCUAACUACUAUGGAGCGGGUACCACUACUAAUGCUUGGGGUACUACUCCUACUUCCUUCUUGGACACAAACAAUGGUGGCUUCACUUUAUACCCAAGUGAACCUAGGCACCAUCAAGACAACACUCUACUCUUAUCACAAUACAAUUCCCAUAUAGUCCCAAGCUUAGGCUAUCAUAAUUGGGCCAAAUUUAGCACUAAUCAGCCAAUACAAGAUUAUUUACAGCCUCCAAGGAUUAAGGAAGAGUAUUUGUUGUACCCGAAUAACGACACUGGAGUCGUCGUUUCUAAAGGGUUUGGCCAGAUUUUCUCGAGUGUUUCGAGUUUGAAUCAAAUGGGACUAACAAAUGCGGGCGCUUUGGACAUGAAUCUUGAGGCGCUCGAUCUCUUGACUUCGUCGAGUUUUAGUGGGAAUUUCGGAGCAUCUUCGCAUAAUCAAAUCGGGAUUUUGAGAGAUGGGUUUAGUAAUUAUGGCUUGUUUGAUGAUCAUAUGCAGCAAUCUAGUGAAAUCCCAUUUUAUGACUCUAGUAAGGAUCAAAACGAAACGAAUUACGAAGAGCCAAAAUGGGACUUGAGAAGUCGAGGGCUAUGUCUAGUCCCGUUAUCGUGCUUGUCUUACAUAGCCGAAGGCGGUGGUGGAGCCGUUUGGCCGCCUUCUUACUUUGGUGGAUCCGUCUAAUGAUAUUUGAAUGUCUCUAAACUAAGAUCCACAUAUAUAUGUAUUCAUUUUCACGAUUGGAAUAUAAUUAACUUGGUCAAUUUUCUGAAAAAUUAUGCACAUGCUUAAUUAGUUAAUCUUGGUGGAACAAGUUUGGUCAUUCGAUAUAAGGUGGAAGGACCAAGUUUGAUCCAUUAAAAAUCAUACAUACUCAAAGUGUAAUCUCGUCGUGGAUUCCAGAUUGUUGCUUAAAAUCAUUUUUGUUGCUUAAAAUUGCUUUUGUAAGACUAAUUUAAGGCGUACACUUGUAUUACUGCUAGAUAUAUUGUAUACAGGGGCGGACGGAG